AUGCCAUGCAGGUACCCCUACGUCACUGGCACCUCCAUGCUGGGCAUCACAUACAAGGACGGCGUGUUGCUGGCAUCCGACACGCUCGGUGCCUACGGCUCCACCAAGCGGUACAAGUCGUUUGAGCGCAUCCGCAAGGUCAACGACGUGUGCGUGCUGGGCGCCAGCGGCGAGCUGUCGGACUUCCAGUACAUCAUGAGGCUGCUGGAGGAGCUGUCUGACGACGACUUCUGCAUGGACGAUGGCCACCACCUGAAGCCCGCAGAGGUACACUCGUACCUCUGCCGCGUGCUGUACAACCGCCGCAACAAGUUUGACCCGCUGUGGAACAGCCUGGUGGUGGGCGGCUUCUACGCGGGCCAGCCCUUCCUGGGCACCGUGGGCAUGAUUGGCACCAACUAUACAGACGUCCACCUGGCCACAGGCUUUGGCAACCACCUGGCGCGCCCGCUGAUGCGGGAGAAGCACCGGCCAGACAUGAGCGAGGAGGAGGCGACGGAGCUGAUGCGGGAGUGCCUCAAGGUCUGCUACUACCGCGACAAGAACUCCAUCAACAAGUUCCAGAUGGCCAAGGUGUCGGCAGAGGGGGUGACCAUCAGCGAGCCGUUUGCGCUGGAGACCGACUGGAAGUACAAGCUGUUUGAGAACCCGGCUGCAAACGCUGCGGGAGCCUGGUAG